AAGAAAUUCCAAUACCAAAAUAAAUUAUUUUUCGGAUCAAAUAUUUGUAAUUUAAAUCAACAUCAAAACCGCCUUUCCACAACUAACCUCUCUUUUUUCCUCCCCUUUAUAAUUAUCUUUAAAACCCUAACACUCCUCACCGUACCUCCCCACACAAAACCAUCUCCAUUUUCUCCAAAAGCUUCUUCACUCCCCCCCUACCCCGCCCCCCCCCCCCCCCCCAAAAAAAAAAAAAAAAUGACAACACGAAGAACGCCAAACAGCCCCUUAUCCACCACCUUCGACAGCCCAGACAGCCUCCUGCCGAUCGCCAACGUAAGCCGGAUCAUGAAGAAAUCCCUCCCAACAAACGCCAAAAUCUCAAAAGAAGCGAAAGAAACCGUCCAAGAAUGCGUGUCCGAGUUCAUAAGCUUCGUGACGGGCGAGGCCUCCGAGAAAUGCCAGAGGGAGAAGAGAAAGACCAUCAAUGGCGAUGACCUCUUGUGGGCUAUGACAACACUUGGAUUUGAGAACUACGUCGGACCCUUGAAGGAUUACCUCAGCAAGUACAGGGUGGUCGACAGAAACGAGGAACAGCAUGGCUCUUCUUCACCUUGUACUGACCAUGAUGAUCAUUGUCAGAGUGUCGACAAGAAUAUUGUUCUUGCUGCUGCAGGGUCGUGUUUUCAGCAGGGUUUUUAUGGUGGUGAUUAUCGUGAUGGGGGAGUACUGAUGGAUGGUGAUGAUCUUGUGGGCAGUGGAGGUAAUUGUGAUGAUCACCAUCAGUUUGAACAUGGGAAUGGGGAGAGAAAUAUGUGUGCAACUGCAUGUCAUCUUCAACAUGGGGUUGAGUGGUAGGGUUUGAAUUGAAGAAAAGAACUUUUCUUGGGGUGGAAUUGAAAUAUUCUUGAAUUUGUUAAUGAUGUUGAUGAGUUGUAUUAAGUGAAGAAUCUAUGGGAGGGUUUUGUUGGAGGGAGAUAUAAUGUAUAUUCCUUCCUUUUCCAUUUAUGAAAAAGGUUCCUUUUCUCCUAAAAAAGAAAAAGGAAAAAGAAGUUUUUAUUCCA